AUGAACUCAAGAACAUUACUCCGUCAAUCAUCUCGAGCUUUGAGCUCUUCUGUUCGCAGCUCUGUCGCAAGACAACCUUUGCGAUCUCAAUUCCACAAUAAUACUUCGCUGGCCGCGCAAGUUGCGUCGAGGCAAUUUCAAGGAAGGAGAUUCUAUGCUACAGAACCAGAGGCCAAGAAGGAUGAGCCAGCAGCAGAAGAGAAGAAGGAUGCUGAAGCAGAAGAUCCAUCGAAAAAGGCUUUGGAGGCAAAGGACAAGGAGAUUCUUGAAUUAAAGGACAAGCUCCUCCGCUCCAUCGCCGAUUUUCGCAACCUCCAAGAGCGCACAAAAAGAGAUAUGCAAGCUGCCAAGGACUUUGCUAUUCAAAAAUUCGCCAAAGAUCUUGUUGAUAGCGUCGACAACUUUGACCGAGCUCUUACCACUGUUCCCGCAGAGAAGCUCUCUGUUUCUGCCGAAGAACGCAAUGAGCAUCAACAAGACUUGAUCACAUUACACGAAGGGCUAAAGAUGACCGAGAAUAUCCUCAUGUCAACCUUGAAGAAGCACGGUCUGGAAAGAUUCGACCCAUCAGUCGAGUCCGAGAAAUUUAACCCAAAUGAACACGAGGCUACUUUCAUGACUCCUAUGGCAGGAAAGGAGGAUGGCACAGUUUUCCACACCCAACAGAAGGGAUUCAAGCUCAAUGGAAGAAUAUUGAGAGCUGCCAAGGUCGGGGUUGUCAAGAACCCUUGA